AUGGAUAGAGUGCUAAUUGAUAUGGUUUUUGAUAUCCCACCAAUUACACGACUAUGGGCUAUAGGAACGAUAAUAUUAUCUAUCUUGAGAAAAACAAAUAUAAUUGAUUACCACAAAACAAUUAAAUAUUCAUAUGAGUUAUGUUUUGGCAAAAAACAAUACUAUAGACUUUUUUUUUCGUUAUUUGAUUAUGGAACAUUUGAUUAUUUGUCAAUUUUAAGUAUAACUUUCUCAAUAAUACAUUUGAGAUCAUUAGAAAGAGAUGUUUUCGCCACGACAAGCAGGUAUAUUUCCACGAUAUUUUUGCUACUUUUAUUUGUCGUUCCAAUGACCAAAUAUUAUGAGCCUCUAUCAUCGGUUGGCUUAAUCAUACAGGAAAAUUUGAUUUACUAUAGAUCGAAAUGUGUUAAUGAGGAAAUGCUUCAGUUUCAAAAUGUUGCAUUUAUCAAUAUGUUUUUUUCAAUUUUCAAUAAGCUGAUGAUUUAUAGGAAAGGCUUUAAAUUUGGAACUAUAGUGAUGGACUUUUUACCAGGACAUUUGAUAUUUUUUUUUGACAAAGCCAUUAAAAAGCUAUAUAAUGUGGAUAUUUUUGAACCCCCUAAUGAAAGAUUAAGUAAAUAUAUUCAAAAGAAGAAGGAAAGGGAAAAAGAAGAACAAGAUCGUCUACAAGGUCGUCUACAAGAUCCUCAAACCAGCAAUGGCAACUGA